CCCGGCGGGGGCGGCCCGGGACGGGCACCGGGACCGGGACCGGGUGCUGCCGCGGAACCGCCCCCGGAGCCGGUCCCGGAACCCUCCGCCCCCGCCACAGCCGCGCUCUACGUGCACUGGCCCUACUGCCGCAAGCGCUGCUCCUACUGCAGUUUCAACACGUACGUGGUGCCGGCGGUGGACGAGGCGGCCGUGCGCUCCUGCCUGGUGCGGGAGGCGCAGACCCUGCUCCGCCUCAGCCAGGUGCACAGCAUCACGUCUGUGUUUUUCGGCGGGGGCACCCCCAGCCUGGCCAGCCCCCGCACUGUUGCGGUGGUGCUGGAGGCGGUGGCGGGGGUUGCCCGUCUCGCUGCUGGCGCUGAGGUCACGCUGGAGGCCAACCCCAGCUCCACCAGCACAUCGCGCCUCGCUGGUUUCAGGGCGGCCGGGGUCAACCGCCUCUCCAUCGGCGUGCAGUCGCUGGAUGACGCCGAGCUGCGGCUGCUGGGCCGGGAGCACACGGCSGAGGAGGCACGGAAAGCUGUGGAAGCGGCGCGGGGGCUCUUCCCCGGCMGAACCUCCAUCGACCUCCUGUUCGGGCUGCCGGGGCAGAGCCGGGAUGCCUGGGCGCAGCGGCUGGAGGCGGCCCUGGGGCUCUGUGACGAGCACAUCUCCCUGUACCAGCUGACGCUGGAGCGGGGCACGGCGCUGGCGGCACGGGUGCGGGGGGGAGCCCUGCCCGAGCCCCCCCAGGACCUGCUGGCUGACAUGUACCACACGGCCCGCACCGUGCUGGUGGCCGCCGGCUUCCGGCAGUACGAGGUCUCCAAUUUUGCACAGAAGGGUGCCAUGAGCACACACAACCUCUCCUACUGGCGGGCUGACCAGUACAUCGGCGUGGGGCCAGGGGCACACGGACGCUUCGUGCCGCGGGGAGAGGGCGGCCGCAGCCGGGAAGCUCGUGUGCAGACCCUGGAGCCCGUCUCCUGGAUGCGGGAGGUGCAGAGCCAGGGACACGGCACCAGGAGUCGGGCGKUGCUGAGCCCGCUGGAGCAGCUGGAGGAGGUGCUCACCCUGGGGCUGCGCACAGAUGAAGGCAUCACACAYGAGCGCUGGGGGCAUUUCUCCCCUCAGCUCAGCCUGCAGGAUGUGUUCGGGACGCCGGGGGAGGCUCAGGCRUUGCAGCAGCAGGGCUGGCUGGUCCUGGACAGCGGUGGUUUGCGGUGCACCUGGGCCGGCCUGGCCGUGCUGGACUCGCUGCUGCCCGACCUGCUGUGCCAGCUGCAGCCGCUGGGGACACCGGCGGGGGACGGAGCCGGUGGCCGGGAUGCGAGGGCUGUAAGCGGCCACAAUGGAUAAUAAAGCACAAGAGCCGUGUGUUGGCUGCCCUGGGUGUUGUGGUGGUGGCACUGGCUGGGGGGAGGUGUUACUGCACGGGAGGUCCC